AUGCCACGUAAGCUACGUAAGAAUAUACGUAAGAGGAAGAGAGCAUUGAAACAUCCAAUAGUAAAACUGACACCACAACAACAGUUGCAACAACAAAUUAUGAAUGACCCCACUAUGUUGCAACAAAUGUCAAGCAAUCCUAUGCUUUUAAACCGAGUUGUUGGUGCACAGAGUGGAGGUUUAAGAGCGGCACUUUUAGCGAAAAUGGCAGGCUAUGGUGGAGCUGCAGACGGAACAGCCUAUAACCCUCAAAGUCAAAUGAAUUUGAGUUCACUCAAAAAUCAAAUAACAGAUGUCAAAAAGUCAAACAUAGACAUACAGAAGCAAAUAAGUGAAAACGAAAAGAAACUAGAAUAUGACAGACACACAAAGAAACUCAAUGAGUUAAACGUAGAGAAAAAGAAGAAAGAAGAACAACUGAAAGAACUAAGUACAGAGGAAUAUGCGAAAAAAGUGUCAGAAAAAGCAGCAGAAGUAGCAAAAAUGGAACAAGAUGUCAUAAAUUUGAAAAACCAUACUACUCAAUAUAAAAUACUGAAAGAUGAAGAGAUAAAACAAAAAGCCCUGAAGACAUAUAUGGAUAGCGAUGAGUAUAAAAAAGAAGUUGAAGCAAAUGUAAAGGCAGAAAAACUUUUACA